GCGAACGCCUGAACGCGUCUGCUUCAACAAUCGGAUUAUUUGCACCUCGCCUGAGUAGGUACAACUACCUUAGGUAAUGAGAGCACUACCGCUUUUCGGAUCGAACAAGACGAGCCGAAAUUUUGGCCACCCAGCCUUUCUCAGAAGCCCUUCACUGCUUCAUACUUUACGAUGUCUACUUCUUUAUGAUGAACGCUUUAUGUCAUGGCAAACUGGAAAGAAUUGGGCGAGGUCCCAGACUCGGACGAUGAACUCGACUUCGAUAGCCAGGAUCUUGAGUCGCUACCGAACCCCGAACUACCUUCGAAAACCACCUCCGAUGCUUUGCAAACGAAGGGCGCCCGAGAGAGCAUAUGGGACGUUCCCGAAUCGUCACAAGAUACGCCAGCAGUCGCGACUGCUGAUCAUGUAGCAACGGAUCGCCACCAUGAGGUGUCUAAGCCUAUUGACGGAGAGCCGCCCUCUUCGCCGCUGUCUUCGGUGCCGGAUGUGGAUGAGCUGGACGACCCCUUCAACUUGGACUUAGACGAGUCAGCAGCCCAAGUAGUGGCACCUACGACGAAAACGAGGACUAUGUAUCUUCCCAACGACCGCGACGACUCCCCCGAUCCCCUGGCUGGCGAUGAUACCGUUUCGACGAGCUAUGUUAGAAUCACUGCUCCUGAACCUGAGUUCCCCGCCGAGAACGAUACCGAAAGCCUUCCACCUCCUAACAAGCCUCUGGCUGCCUCCUCACAACCCAGCCAACAAAGCCGGCAGAGACGAUUGGCUGCUCAGCUCUUUGCUAGUUCUAGCCUGGAGGCAGAGGUGUCAGCUCCAGUUGAGCAGUCCAAUGAUGGCAAGACUUCGCCCGCGAGGCCUAUAUUCGCCUCCUCAGCAGCCUCUUGUGUUGCUUCUGCGGUGCCAACCCAGUCGAGGAAGCAGCCGAGGCCCGCAGCUAUCCAGCGAAUGGAAAGCUCCAACAGGGACGAGGAGGUUGCUCGAAAAGUCGCUGUGCGGUAUGAACGCUCGUUCAGACCAAGGAAACCCAUCCAGGAACACCCAUACCUGAUUGAGAAUGCCCAGUACAGCAAGGCUCUCAAGUCACACGGCAUCCGGCCGAUCAGAAUGCCCACAGAACCAGCCCCGAGACGACAACGACCAGAGGAGGAUUCCCAGGAGAAGGAUUUUGAGGAUGACAGCCAAGAACCCACAGCCGAUGCGCCAAACGGAACCACAGACGAGAGCCAGUUCAACGGCCUGGACGUCCCGCUGAGCUCCAGUCCUCAGCUGAUGUCGUCCCUCUCCGCUUCACCCCUCCGAACAUCAUCCCCCAAGCAUCGCGGCGGACCGAGUAGCCAACCUAGUCAGGGAGAUACGGAUAACACUAGCUUCUCCGAUGUCGAUGAUUUGCCCUCUCUUGAUAAGAUCCAUCGCGACUUGCUGGCAAAUCGAUCUGCCAAAAAACGAAAACGUAGGAAUGGCACUGCGACCAAGGCUGUGGUGACGCAGAGGGCAACCAUAAAUGCGCCUUCACCCUCGCGUCCGCAAUUUCAGCAGUAUGAUGAAAUUUACGGCAUGCUUUCUUCGUCACCUGAAGUACAAACCACCGUGGUCAACCACCUGACUGAUCCUGCAUCAAUGCCUGCGAAGAGCAACGCCGAAAUGUCAUUCCUUGAGGAUGAUUACCUGCCUAUCGUGGACAGCAACAUGCUAUCUCCUGAGUUCGAGCGACGUGUGUCUGUCGAAGCGGAGCCGCCGGUCUUCGACCUGACCAUGGCGGACAUGUCCGAUGUGGGAGAAGAAAAUGGAUCCGGAGAUGUUGAUGUGCAGAGUAGUUCAGGAGAGGAAUCAGAGGGUCAGAAUGACGGUCGCGAGGAGGUCGGCGCGGCGAUUGCAAAGAGAAUGCGAGGUGUCCUUCCGGCAUCCUGGCUUAGGCUCGACCAACAGGCAAAACGUCCCAAGCCUACUCAGUACCAACGCCCCGAUGACUCCCCUGAGAAGGGUCCAAGACGAGGCGUAGCUGUCCGACGGAUAGGCCGCUCGGCAUCGUCUACGGCAGCAGCGUUUCUCUUCGAUGACUCGGACGAUGAUGUGGUUACCGCGCAGACGCCUACACGCCCUUCUCACAACAUCCAGACUGUGUUGCCUUUCGAGAGAUCUGAGGUCAUGGAAAUCAGUGACGAUGAUGACGGUGGCUCCGUCGUUGAGGAAGACCAGGUUGACCACAUGCUUCCAAGCAGAAAACGUCAAUUGACCUUGAAAGACUUUCAGCAACCUGCCAAAAGGCAGAAAAAGAACGAUCAUCCAUCAAGCGCCCAACCCAAAAAGCGCGGGCGACCGCCGAAAAGCGCAAAUCGAUCUUCCGGAGCUUCUCGCCUUGAUCCUCUCUCCAAAAGUCGCAGAUCUGCUCCGACCAAUACUCGAGCUGUUGCCCGAGCGAAACCUCCUCCGAGGUUGAGCAUUCUGGAUGUCAUCGAACCAGAUGCGCCGAAGUUUCUGAAGAUUGCGGCUCGAGCAGCUCAGAGCAAGCGACACAUGGGACGAUCCAGUCCCACAAACAAGAGCAUACGCCUAGCCACACGGAAGGACAAUGUGGAUGCCGGCAGAGUGCUCCAACAGUGGAAAGGAGGCAAGAUUCGACCUCGACCUGGAUUGCAGACGAAGAAACAUCAGCCCACAGGGUCAAAUGGAAGACACCCACUGACUCAACUACCAUCGAAUGUCUUCUCUCGUGGUGCUGUAUCCUCUCCAAAGGCCCACAGCGCCAAGCAGUCUGAUGAACUCCGUCGUGAGGGCUCAACGCCUUUGACGCCUUUGCCGGAGGCGCACUCUCGGAUAAGGCAAAUGUCGAGAAGUAAUUCGGCCGCAAGUCAGCAGACGCAAGAUACCCGAAACAGGCCGGCUCAGCUUGAAAUGGAUUUGACCCAGCAACCGGGUAGAGUCGGUUUCCAAGCAAAGAAGCGAGCCCUCGAUGCUCUUUUCAAGCAUAAUCACUCGCAGUCGCUAUCAUCGAGAAGUGCCCACUUGGAUUCUUUCCUAGACGACACAUCAUCAGUAGUAUCAGGGCACAGUCUUGCUACCAGAGGCCCUCCUGAGCCUGCAUCAGUCGAGAAGCCGGUACUGAAGCGUCCGAGAAAGCCUGCGCAGACAAUCCAGAUCGAUGUCACGGCAGCGCAUUUCCGUCAUGCAGACGAUCCCUUGCCUACUAUAGAGUUGAUGACUCCUAUAGAAACACCCAAGGCCUUGUUCAACGAUAAUCAACUUCUUGGUCUUGGUCCUUUCGGCACGCACUAUACACAGCACUUUGACAUUUUUCCCUUGGACCGCGGGGUUUUCUUCCAUGAGACAACACUCAUCGGCAGUGGCCGGGUCAGCUCAGCAGCGUACGACCAGUUUCCCGAGAAGGUAUGGAAUUACCGACCCCGAAUUUCUUACAGCCUGGGUAAAAUGGUCCUUCGAUGGGACUCAUGGACCGAACAAGUCUCGUCCGAGUUUGGCAUCGUGAUGGACGGAAUCCUUGAGCAAAUUCUCAGGCCAUCACUGUCCGCAGAAGUCACACCCAAUGCCAAAGGAGCGGCAAGAUUUGUUCUGGACUACGUCCAAAAAGCUAUGAGCUUCACCAACGAUGCCGAUGCUGCCUCCUUCCUCGCUCGAGUCUCUGACGUGGUCAAGUCUUUCUUGACGCGCUUCGACUCUGAAGAUGCCAUUGACUUGGCUAAGCGUCGGGAACUGGCUGACGUGUUGUCAAAUGUAUUUCUUGUCGUCUCCUACGCAAUCCGCCUUUGUGAAAAAAGUCCGACCCUGAUGACAGAGAGCUUUGCUAUGGAGGCGCUUCUCAGGAAAACUGCAGAAACACUGGUCCGAUUGCUACUCGACAUUGGCCUGGACGACGUUACUCAACUUUACGAUGAUCUUCAGACUUUACGGUACCGCGAACGUGGCAUUCGCUCCGAUAAGGUCGUAGUACACGCUUGGGUUCUUCUCAUGAAGGUCCUAGAAUAUCUUCGGAUUCCUAGGAUGUCAUUCUGGGAUGUCACAUACGCGUGCAUGGUACAACCGAGUGUGAUUCGUGGCAUGGACUCCCAAGAGUUUGAGAAUCUCUGGAAGAAGAUGUUCACGCUCCUACCACUGUCCGAAUUUGACGACAAUGGCGUGAUCGUUUCCGAUAGGAGACACCUGGUUCCCCUGGAAGGGUGGAACUUACCCCAGCAAGUCCUCAAACGCGUCUUCCAACUAUACCGCGACAAUUCCCGCCAGUCGCCGAGCUUCAAUGACUACUGCCGGGCACUAGUGUCCAGGUGUCACUAUCUGGUCGAUCAAUGGGGUUGGCAGAAAAGCAGCGGUAUCAUCGGUACCAUCUUCGACUUCUUUGGCUCGCAGAACUUGUCUCAUCUGCGAAACGAAGAAGCUUUUCGCUCAGCUCGUUUCUUAGACAGCCUUCAUCUUGACCCGUCUCUCCACGUCGAGCCUGAGGAUAGGUGUUUCCACAUAUUUCUCAAACUUGUGGCACUAGCCAUCAAGAGGUUGAGGCAAAAUGGGGCAGUCAACGACAUCCGAAAUUUGGUCGCUCGCACACUGCCAAACCACGACCGGCAAUAUUCCAAAGAACAAAAUGUCUACCAGCAUGACCUAGCCGCUCUCAGGAAUCAUCAUGAUCUCUUGUGUACUCUGUUCUGGGCAGCACCACCUGAUCUUCGUCCCGGCAUCCACAACCUGGAGAAGUUGGUGAUUCCUGCUAGCUCUCACAAGGAAGCCUGUCUUAUUAAUCUACGGGCCUGGAAUCAACUGGCAAGGUUUGUUGUACACGAAGAGUCCGCCGCGUCAUUCAAUUCGCUGUCUAGCUGGCAAGCCAAUGUGUUCAAGCAGCUGUUGGAUCAGUACAACUCUGCCGCAGCAGAUAUCCAACAGCAAUUCUUGGCACUGUCCAAGGAUGAUAGCAAUAAUGUCAGCGAAGACCUGAUGAACUCCAUUGUGGCUACAAACAAAGCUGCAACCAUGGAGAUCAUGCUGUUCUCAGUCAAGUCCUCAAUGGAGGUUGUGCAAUAUGCGAAUAGUUUGGAGCUGGCAAGGCUUGCCUCUAGCCCUUAUCAACUGCAGCAAGUCUUCCUGCAUUUCUCUACUUUGCCAGCAGACUUCCCGUCCACGCUUCUCCAAGCCUCCUUGACCACUCUCGAACGCCUUCUUGGUCGAAUUGAGUCGGUCUUCAAUGAAGCAGAUGAUAGUCAGGACAGUAUGGCUUCUCGGACUUUGGAGUCUGAGGAUGCUAUUCUGAUGCUGGACCGCGAAUUGGCAGCUGCGUUCCUUUCAGCGGCACGCUGCCUCUUGUCAAAUCAAUCCCGUGGUAAACCUGGCACUUCAAGUGUGUCGACAUCCUGUAUUGAACAAUCUGUCGUGGUGUCUGGCAUGAUGAUUGGUCUUUUCGUCCGCUGCGGAAUGAUGGCACUCUCGCAGGUCUUCAAAACCACCAAAUACGGGUUGUUCGGGAAAACGCCAAACAAGCUUGACUGCGAACAACGCCAAUAUCUUCCACUCUUCCUUUCCAUUAUUGCGCAGAAGGGAGCAACCAUCAACCUGGAGGAUAUUGGAGGAAGCCUUUUGCUAUUGUGGCUCAUGGUCAUCGUACAGCCGAGUCACUACUUGAGAUUUGAGAACCGAUUCGGACAGCAGCUCCAGCGACAGGGCUAUCCUUUCAUUCCGGAGAAAGCAGGUCUCGUCGUCAACCCAGGCUACUCGGCCAAUCGUGACUUUUUCGAGUACGCGGUAUCUUGGAUGCGGAAAUCUCUUCACACAGCCGACGCUGCAUCUAAGAAGAACAUGCGGUCCGAGUUCGAGAGAGUGCUCAAUGCCGUCAUGAACCAAAUGCGGGCUGACCUUCAAAUCAUGACUGGAGACGAAUCACAACACCCGAGCUAUGUCAAGUUCGUCCGCAACAUCAUCUCCCUCAUCAAGGCUCAUGGUUCAGACAUCUGUCCCGUGCAAAAGUUCUUCUUGGAGGUGAGCAAGGAGUAUUCGCCGCCGAUGCAAGACCCGCAAUUACAAGCAGCGUUGAUCCAGUCAUACGGAUUCAAGCUUGCGGAAGGCGACCCCAGAGUCCCUAGUACACUAUUCCACUUCUUGCUCAAUAACUUCAAGGUGGCUCUCCAGCGUGGCCGACUGCCGCAUGAAGUCGUCCUGCUGAAAGGGGCUUUGGAGAAUGAUGCCAUCAUGUCAUUCGUUCUUGGCAAGAUGCUCCCCGCAGUGUUGCAUGCCACUCUAUCCAACGUUGAGGCCUACGCGAUGCUUGAUGUUCUAUGCGAUGCGCUUGGAUUGGCAAUUAAAAUGCCACCUGUUCCUCGUCAAGUCAGCGAAAACAAUAUAGGUUGCAUUGCUGCCUUGGUUACAACCACACUGGCUUGGGCAAAUGCCCUAGGACGGAGCAUGCUCAGCCCUGAGCAUGUUCACGUGCUCCGACGCAUCACUUGGCUCCUCAACGCUUUUCAACCUUCUCUCGAAGCAUUCUCAUUCAUGGCCACAGAACCUCGAGGCUGGGACAACGUCAUAUCGAUGUUACAUUGGUUCAGUUUGCUUGCCGAAGGGGCGCAAGAGUAUCUUGAAAACCAAGAAACCCCUUUCAUAGCAGCUUCGGGGCUGUUCCGUCGACUCAGAACUCUCAAUGAGAUAUUUACGAUCCAGGACACCACGGUUCUCACCUGGUCAGAGCAUAUAGGAAACGACAUCAGUAGGAAUUGGAUCACGACAGGGCCGUUAUUAACGGUAUCAGCACACAACCGCGGGACACCUUCAACGCAGUCUGGGAUUGGAUCACUACGGCCUAAGUGGGACAUGCAGGAAUUGACGACGAGCCUGUUAGAUCAAAUGCGGAACUGGCAUGAGUGGUGGACGAGGGUGAAAGAGUUGCCAGCUGAUACUGAGGAAGUAGAUUUUGGGGAGGACGUCAUAUUCUGAGAAAGGUAUCUUUCGUAGAGUAGUGUCUAAUCCUUACCGCCAGAAACAAAUACAUGGUAUCCAUGCCCAUAACUAUUUACCAAGG